AGCGCGGCGCCUCCCUCCGGGGGCGAGUGCGGCUGCGCGCGCCGUGUGCUUGUGUCCGGAGAGCGGCGGGCUGGACGCGGACCGCGCGAGCGAGCAAGCGAGCAAGCGAGCCUAGCAGCAGCCCGGGCGGCAGCAGCGUCGCGGCGGCGGCGGCCGCUCCGCGCCUCGCCUCCCCGGCCUCGCCGGCUUCGCCGGCCUCGCCUCGCCUCGCCGCGCCUUGACCCGCCACCCCCGCCUCCCGGUCGCGACCGCCGCAGUCCCCUCGCCUUGACCGGUACCUUCAACCGCCUGCCCGAAGCUGGGCGCGAAGCGCGGGGCGCAGAGGCACCGGAGCCAGUGCCCGCCGGCCUCGCAGACCGAACCCAGCCCGGACAACCCGUGCCCGGCCCCGCGCAGCUCCGCCACAGCCCGGGAGCUGUCCCUUCAGCACCGCCGCCGGAGCCGGAGCCUAGCCCCGCGGAAGCCUAGCUCAAGGCGGAGCGCGCACCAAGCGCAGCGCUCCUCGGCCGCCGCACCGAGCAGCGCCCCGGGUGCCCCUGCCCAGGGGGCCAGCCAUCUCCUCCAAGAGGCGGGGAGAAGGAGCGAGGAGGGCGGGCAGGCAGGCGCGCCCGCCGCCGGGGGGAGCAGGCAGCCAGGCAAGGGGAGAGGGAGGGGGCCGGAGCCCGCCCUGAGCCCCAAGCUGCAGCCCGGCCACGCAGGGAGGCAGGCAACGGUCAUCCAUCUCCCCAGCGCCGAGAGCGCGCUGCAGCGACCACCGCACAGCAGAGCGCGAAUUUCCCGGCCCCCUCUCCUCCCCUCCCCCUUCCGGGGGCUGGUCUAUCUGUCCGGCCUUUGGAGCAGCUGACCUUCCCCAAAAAAAGCUUUGUGUCAAUUUCUUCAUUUUCCCGCUGAGAUGGGGACGGGAGCCCGGCCCCCCAACCAUCUUUUCCCUUCUCCCAGGGCUCGCCGCUGAGCGCCGUCCCUCUCCCUCCCUUCCUCCCUCCCUUUCUUCCUCCCUUCUUUCCUCCUCUGCCUCCUCCGCAGCCGGACCAGCUCCCUCCCACAUCUGGCCCCUAGAGACUCCUGGGAUCCCGCGCACACUCCCCUGGACCGGCACCCGGCAGAAAGCGCCCCGAGGGGCUUGGGUCGCUCUUGGGGUGGCCAGAGUCACCAUCCUCUGUACCCCCCGACGGCUGGGGGGAGGGGGGAGGAGGCCCCGCGCCCCCCUCCCCGGCGCCAACUCCCCCUGGCGGCCGCUCCCAUGGGUGUCGCUGGGCCGCGCCAUGCCUAAGGGGGCGCCGCGAUGGGCCAAGGGGACGAGAGCGAGCGCAUCGUGAUCAACGUGGGCGGCACGCGCCACCAGACGUACCGCUCGACACUGCGCACGCUGCCCGGCACGCGGCUCGCCUGGCUGGCGGAGCCCGACGCCCACAGCCAUUUCGACUAUGACCCGCGCGCCGACGAGUUCUUUUUCGAUCGCCACCCAGGCGUCUUCGCGCACAUCCUGAACUACUACCGCACUGGCAAGCUGCACUGCCCCGCCGACGUGUGCGGGCCACUCUAUGAGGAGGAGCUGGCCUUCUGGGGCAUCGACGAGACCGACGUGGAGCCCUGCUGCUGGAUGACUUACCGCCAGCAUCGCGACGCAGAGGAGGCGCUCGAUAGCUUUGGCGGAGCACCUCUUGACAACAGCGCCGACGACGCGGACGCCGACGGCCCCGGCGACUCAGGCGACGGUGAGGACGAGCUGGAGAUGACCAAGCGCCUGGCGCUUAGCGACUCCCCGGACGGCCGGCCAGGCGGCUUCUGGCGCCGCUGGCAGCCGCGCAUCUGGGCGCUCUUCGAGGACCCCUACUCCUCCCGCUACGCGCGGUAUGUGGCCUUUGCCUCCCUCUUCUUCAUCCUGGUCUCCAUCACCACCUUCUGCCUGGAGACCCACGAGCGCUUCAACCCCAUCGUGAACAAGACCGAGAUCGAGAAUGUUCGGAACGGCACACAAGUGCGCUACUACCGGGAGGCGGAGACGGAGGCCUUCCUCACCUACAUUGAGGGCGUCUGUGUGGUGUGGUUCACCUUCGAGUUCCUCAUGCGUGUCGUCUUCUGCCCCAACAAGGUAGAGUUCAUCAAGAACUCGCUCAACAUCAUUGACUUCGUGGCCAUCCUCCCCUUCUACCUGGAGGUGGGCCUCAGCGGCCUGUCCUCGAAGGCUGCCAAGGACGUGCUGGGCUUCCUGCGCGUCGUCCGCUUCGUGCGGAUCCUGCGCAUCUUCAAGCUGACGCGCCACUUCGUGGGGCUGCGCGUGCUGGGCCACACGCUGCGCGCCAGCACCAAUGAGUUCCUGCUGCUCAUCAUUUUCCUGGCGCUGGGCGUGCUCAUCUUCGCCACCAUGAUCUACUACGCCGAGAGGAUAGGGGCCCAGCCCAAUGACCCCAGCGCCAGCGAGCACACCCACUUUAAGAACAUCCCCAUCGGCUUCUGGUGGGCCGUGGUCACCAUGACGACGCUGGGCUACGGAGACAUGUACCCGCAGACGUGGUCCGGCAUGCUCGUGGGAGCACUGUGUGCGCUGGCGGGCGUGCUGACCAUCGCCAUGCCCGUGCCCGUCAUCGUGAACAAUUUUGGGAUGUAUUACUCCUUAGCCAUGGCUAAGCAGAAACUACCAAAGAAAAAAAAGAAGCAUAUUCCACGGCCACCGCAGCUGGGAUCUCCCAAUUAUUGUAAAUCUGUCGUAAACUCUCCACAUCACAGUACUCAGAGUGACACAUGCCCGCUGGCCCAGGAAGAAAUUUUAGAAAUUAACAGAGCAGAUUCCAAACUGAAUGGGGAGGUGGCGAAGGCCGCGCUGGCGAACGAAGACUGCCCCCACAUAGACCAGGCCCUCACUCCUGAUGAGGGCCUGCCCUUUACUCGCUCGGGCACCCGCGAGAGAUACGGACCCUGCUUCCUCUUAUCAACCGGGGAGUACGCGUGCCCACCUGGUGGAGGAAUGAGAAAGGAUCUUUGCAAAGAAAGCCCUGUCAUUGCUAAGUAUAUGCCGACAGAGGCUGUGAGAGUGACUUGACCAGGCGGCUUGGCCGAGGACACUGGUGGCUAUUAAGCAUCUGGGUGGACCAGCAGCCCCUCCUCACCCUCGGACAGAGUAAAUUCACGCCAUGCAGGUUUGCCGGACGAGUCCGAGUGGCCCAGGUCUUGUACUAAGACGGACGUAGCUUUUUCUACGGCCAAAUGGUAACUGACCGUAGAGGAUUUCUUUUCCUUCUUUUCUUUUUCUUUCUUUUGUUUUCUUUCUUUUCUUUUUUUUUUUAUUACAUUUUAUUUUAUUUGGGGAGGGGGGUGGAGGGGUUCCUUAGCAUGACUUGCAUGAAGUUAAACAGAAAACCCAGCAAACCGAACCCACCAACCCCCUGCAACUGUAAUGAUCACCCCAAACACCACCAACAAGAAAAAAGCAAAAGUCUUCUAUUUUCUUUCAAAGCUCUUUACUUUUACACACGUUGCUGGAGCCAGACUGUAACGGCGUUCGGUAGAAACCUGUACCUUUCUGGGGGCGGGGGGAGGGGUGGGCACGGGGAAUGGAUGGCUUCCCUUUUUGUACACGAGCUCGAGAGUCAAGGUUCCGAAAAGGGCAGUCGGUCAGUCAUCGGUCAUAUUGACC